AUGGCCGUGAAUGUUGGAAACUCUGAAUUCAAGCCAUUGCCGACUACGCCAACUGCCCGUAUCACUGGAGUUCACGAAUCUUUACUGCAAGAAUGUGAAAAGGACAUCAUCUGGUAUCGUGACAACUUUUUUGGAAAAGCUCACAUGAACUUUUUAUGCCUUGAUUCGCCACGAGGACCACUGGCAAUUUCCAUAAUUCAAGAUGACGAUCAAUUCCGGGCAUUGGUUAGAACCACACAAGGCUCUGAACGUUUGUCAAUUGCUUCGUCGUCAGUACCUGCUUCAUGGUGGCGAAGAUUGUUGGGAUUGAGUCCAUCCAUGCAAUCAGUUAUGUACUCCAUUUCUCGAAACAUUCCAGUCCCAUUGCUCAAACUGUGCAAGGACGCUGGAUUGCCUAACGAAUUGUUGAGUAUGGAGGAACGACAAGUUAUUCGAUCCUACAAGUUUGGAGUCACGUAUUUAGCGCCUGGACAGAGCAAUGAAGAGGAAAUGUUUAUGAAUCGAAUGGAAAACGUCUCACCGCAAUUCCGUCAGUUUUUGACAUUUUUGGGAGAAACAAUCGAGUUAAGAGGAUGGAAAGGAUACCGUGCUGGUUUAGACGUUGCAGGAACCAACAACACUGGCACACAUUCCGUAUACACAAAGUGGCAAGGUUAUGAAGUUAUGUUCCAUGUCUCGACAUUAUUGCCAUUCAACCCAGCAGACCGACAGCAGCUGGAAAGGAAACGACACAUUGGAAAUGACAUUGUGAUGAUUGUGUUCUCAGAAAGUGAUCUGCCUCUCAACCUUACUUCUGUCACUUCUCACCAAAAUCAUAUUAUUGCUGUUGUUAAGCCAGAGGGCGAAGCUUACAGGUUGACUGUCUGUCCCAAGAAUGGUGUGCCACCAUUCACACCUGAGCUGCCUGAACCAUGUGUGUUUGGAAAGGACGCUGUGUCGCGAGAUUUCUUCCUACACAAGUUGGUGAAUGGAGAACGAGCAGCAUACAAGGCCCCAUCAUUUGCUCCAAAGAUUUCCAGGACGAGAUCAGUCCUCUUAUAUGAAGUUGCAUCCAAAUUCCUCAAGUGA